GCGCCGCUGUUUGUGUGCAGAGCCGCGCGCUCAGCGGCCGUUUUCUCCGCAGCAGACCUCCCUUCUCCUUUGUUCGCCUGCGCCUGCUCUCGCACCGCUGCGGGUUUUCUCGGUACUGGCGCAACAUGGCCGCCGCGCGUGCGGGGGAACGAGCCAAUUAGCUGCGCGCAUAUUUUGAUAUUUAGCGUGAGGAUGCAGCUCGAUGAGGAGGAGGAGGAGGAGGAGGGGGGCGGGUAAAAGUGUGACCUCUGCGUGGUCAUCUUCAUCACCACCAUCAGCAGCAGGACUAGCUCCUCCAGCCUUCAGGUGCGGAGGGAGCAGCUCUAAGAACCGCUGUGUGCGGGUUUGAAGCCACAACAGUGAGUCGGUCCGGUGUCACCAGGCCGUCCUCACCUGCCACACAGUCCGGAGGCAAACACCUGAGGUCGGUCCCCCGGUCAACCCCCCUCUCCCCGUGGAGUAAAGGUGUAAUCAUAAUAACCAAAGUAUUUUUUAUGGCAGAGCUAAAAAAAAAAAAUGUCAGCAAACUAAAGUUUUAGGUGUUUCCAAGUGGCCGGAGGGCGGAGGUUAUCCACUGUGGAGAGGAUACUACUCGCGAGCUUAGUGACACUUCACACAUUGAACGCAUCGUUCCCGUAUAGGUUCUGGCAGCUGUGACGUCACUUCCAGGCGUUAGUCUGUACCCAGCCUGAAUGCAGCCUCUCCAGGGUCCAGCCUAAUUCCUGGUGCUCCUUCACUCCCGCCUCCUCCCUCCUCUCCCCACCCUUUCCCCCUUCCUGCCCCACCCCUCCUUUCCUCCACCCUCAUCCUCCACCCUCCACAUCAGCCUCACACAAACUCCCAGCAUUUAGCCCGGACUGCUGGUGUGGUUGGCUGCUCCUCUACAGGUGGAUGAAUGAAGACCCCCUUCAAGAGCCCAACGGCGCCGCGGCCCCGAGCGGACGGAGGACAUUCGGGCGUCUCUGCAAACAUGAUGAAGAAAAAGAAUCCGCACAAGAAGCAGAGGACCAGCGUGGGUCCCAGCAAGACCCUGACUCAGCCCAGAAGGAACAUCGUGGGCUGCAGGAUCCAGCACAUCUGGAAGGAGGGCAGUAAGUCGUCGCAGUGGAAGGGGACGGUCCUGGACCAGGUGCCCGUUAACCCCUCCCUCUACCUGAUCAAAUACGACGGCUUCGACUGCAUCUACGGCCUGGAGCUGUACACCGACGAGCGGGUGGUGGGGCUGGAGGUUCUGCCCGACAGAGUGGCUCCGGCCCGUGUGACCGACUCACUGCUGGCAGACACGAUGAUCGGUAAGGCGGUGGAGCACAUGUUCGAGACGGAGGACGGGCCGAAGGAGGAGUGGAGGGGGAUGGUGCUGGCCCGCGCUCCCAUCAUGACCUCCUGGUUCUACAUCACCUACGAGAAGGACCCGGUGCUCUACAUGUACCAGCUGCUGGACGACUACAAGGAGGGCGACCUGCGCAUCAUGCCCGACUCCAACGACAGCGUGACGGCGGAGCGAGAGCCCGGCGAGGUGGUCGACAGUCUGGUGGGCAAACAGGUCGAGUAUGCCAAAGAGGACGGCGGGAAGAGGUCGGGAAUGGUGAUCCACCAGGUGGAGGCCAAACCCUCCGUCUACUUCAUCAAAUUCGACGACGACUUCCACAUCUACGUCUACGACCUGGUCAAGACCUCCUAAGACCAGAAACCCUGUUUAAAAAAGACUUGCUGAGAACCACCAACCCCCCCAGAAACCCUCUGCCCAGUGCAGACCAGUCAGCUCUGUACUCUCUUUGGUGAAAUGCCUUAAAACAGGACAAAAAUCCAGACAGCGCCCUUCAGACCAGCUCCAGUCGUCCAUCGCUCAUCGUUCCACUUUCACAAAAUCGGUUUUUGAAUAAAUAAAAUCUGCUUCACCCAGAGGUGUAGAGAGGACUCGAUCCUGAGACCCCCACAGAGAGAACGCAAGGUUUUCUGAAUAAGUACUCCCUUCCCUGAACCCCGUCGGACCCUCUGCGACCUCCGUUAUCUGACGAAGAGGGGGGCGAGCAGCUCUGCGGGGGUCGAUGAAGGGACGGGACUUCAGGAGCCGCAUUCUCAACGACGUCUAUCUGCAAACCAACACUGAGAGAUGCAGCGGGGAAACAGACUUUGGGUUCAUCACUUGUCUCUUUCUUGUUGCUGUUUGUGUCCCACAAUCAUUUUGUUUCACAUCAAACAUCUUCAGUGUUUGUUUUCCCAAAUUCAGCAUCCAGGAAACAGCAAAGUGUGAAUGAAGACACCAUACUGUUGUUUUCUGAGCAUGUUUUCCAUCAUUGCAGCUGUGAUUUGGGUUCACAUCUGUCGUCUCCGUCAUAAAAACAGCUGUCCUGGUUGGCUCCAAAGCUGACGUCGGAUCUUAAACACAAAAUAGUUUUUUUAUAAAGGUGUGCUCCCCUUCCUCCUGCUGCUGCUGUAGAGUUUACAUGGUUUGUGUCAUACCUUUUCUCUGUAUUGACACCUUUAUGUUUUUAUCUGUUGUGUAUACUUUUUAUUACCCACUUAGCUUGUAGGACGCUUGCGGCUGUUGCAGGUGUGUACAAUAAUGUUUCUACAACUGACGGAUUUCACUUUGCUCACUGACUCUGGAUUUGGGCGCUCGUCCCCGGGUUCACGGCUCGCUGUAAAACAGCAUAAACUCUUAGCUGAUGUAGCUCCGCCCAUCACAGUAGGUGGUCUUUUUUUUUUUUU